AUGGCGUCUCAAGAACGGAGCAUGCCGUUCAUCAAGAACCUCGCGUCCAGUGAUCGCAAAAUACGUACCUCCGCACUCGCUUCCUUACACGCCUUCCUCUCCGCGCGUCAGGUGGCAUCUGCCCUGACCCCCCUCGAUACCCUCAAGUUAUGGAAAGGCCUCUUCUUUGCGCUUUGGAUGUGCGACCGCGCCAUCCCGCAGCAAAAUCUAUGCAACGAGCUGGCCGAUCUUAUAUUUGUGUUGCCGCACGAUGCUGUCUCGACGUGGCUACGUGGGUUCUGGGCUACCAUGGCCCGCGAGUGGACAAGUAUCGAUGUGCUUCGCAUGGAGAAGUUUUUGUUGUUAGUGAGGCGGGUCGUUGGGGCUGGGUUCAAAUGGAUGCGGAAGGGGCAGGGAAAUUCGAAUGAAGGAAGUAAAAAGAAAGGGAAAGGAAAGAGCUUGGGCGAAUCGGCGUGGGAUGCUAGCAAAGUUGAUAAGCUGGUUGGGCUGCUCGGCGAGUGGCCGCUUGCACUGGAAGAUGAGGCGCAAAUAACGCCUCCUGGUGCAGAAGGCGCGGAAAGCGGGGAAACUGGCAAAGAAGAUGCCGCGGCUGACGUGAAGGACAGCCAAAUAAGACAGAAAAUACCCGCAGGUCUGCGGUUACAUGUCCUGGACGUGUGGGUCGAUGAGGCGGAGAAGGCGGGUUUGUUGGACGAGGAGGAUGAGGAAGCGAAGCAGAUCGUACAGAGGAUCUCGGAUCAAAUUGAUGCCCUCGAGGAGGCGACAACAAGCCCGGCCGUGCAGAUGAGGUCAAAGGAAUCUCUAGCAGAUGACAGGCUUCCUGGGAACGCUAAACCGGUAGCCGAAGCGGAGCAAGGAAAUAACGAUGGACGGGGAGGACAAGACGAUGACGGGGACUGGGACGGGUUUGAUGACUAG